UUUCCAGUCGGCGAUUCAGCAGCCAGAGGUGCUCCUGGUAUCCUAGAGUGCUGUCUUCGCUGCGGCUGCAUGUGUAACACAGAGCUCAGAUCUCCGUUCUGUAGUGGAGCCGGAGGAGUGCUGAUCACGGGAGAACGGGAGACAAGGAGAUUGAGGCGACAGAAGAUGAUAACCCUAUGGAGCAUGAAAUUGCCAAGUCAUUGUGAUGCUCUGCCAUCAAUUUGAAAGGAGGCAACUACUGGAUGAAGAUUAAAACUGACAACCAGACAGGGUGUCCUUUCAUUAGCACUGGUGUGACCGGGAUCCUACCUGAAAUAAUUCAUGUUUGAAGCAAUGCUGCAGCCGGAGUCACUGGGUAGCUACCUCCAGACACAGAUCUGUCUCAGUCUGAGACUUCUUCUCUCAAAAAGACGAGCCUGAUAAUGAAAAAGCAAGUUGAAGUCUUCCCAAAGGUGGAGAGCUGAAGACAAGAGUGUGACACUGGAAAGUUCAGGAGGGUGGUGAGACACAUGAGCUCAAAAACACAGGAAACAGAUGAGAGAGCAUUUUGUCCGCCUUCAUGAAUAACUGGGAAUGGAUCGCCUGAAGAACACGAAGGCCUGUGAUGAUAACUGGACGGACUUCUCUUUGCUUCGUCACUCAUUGCUGAAAAGGAAAUGCACUCCACUUUCAUCCGAUGAGCUGUUCUGUGGUUUCAUCAGGCAUGGUGAAAUGUUCAUUCUUUAGUGUGAAGACAUUUACUGAAGUUAAGAGGAAAUAUGCAGAUCACUGAAUCAUCUUUAUCAUCAGUGUUGCUUGGUAUUUUUGAGCAACUCUGAGUUCUAGGAGUGGGUGGCCUGGAGGGAGGACUCGAUGUGCUUAUACUUUUCUCUUAAAGUUGUCAAACCCAUGACUGGAAAUGUUGGUCUGUCUCAACUCUGAAAGAUGCAACAUGUCCUUUCUGGUGUCUACGCCUUGACUGAAAGAGAAAGUUAAGCUCUGAUGAUGACUAUGUCCUCUCCAGUUGGACCAGAAGGUGUUACUCUGUCGCAGCCUGUCCCGGUCCCAACGCUGACCGUCCUGCCGCCAUCCUCCGACACAGAGUCCUGGUCUCGCUCACCAAGCCCUAGACUGGCUCGCUCCAGCCGUCAUGGCCGAUUCCACCGCAGCAGGACCCGAACCAAGAAGAGCCGGAACGAGGAAGAGCAAGGCUGCUCUCCUAGACGACAAUGGGGCAAAACAAUUGUUAUAGAGGAGACUACAGAGAAGGGCUCUACUCGACGAUGGAGCCCCUCGCCCUCCCCUUCUGCAUCUGGUCGGACAGAGGGGGUAGAGCAAGGUCAGGACAGCCCCUCUCAGGACCUUCUCUUGCCACCAUCUCGCUCCUGGUCUCGUAGCCCUUCUCCCAGCCGGCGCUCCCGCUGGUCCCUUAAGAGCCUGCUGAGCAAAGACUCUGACUGGGAUAGCUGCAGUACGGCCAGCAACUCUCCACGCAGCACCCCCGGCAGCUCCCCCUCCCUGCGGCGCAGGGUCCUUGGGGGUGGCAGGGCCAGUGAGAGCGAGGGAGGAGGAGAGAAGAGCAGUGGUGGUGGUGGUGGUGGAGGAGGAGGAGGAUCCGAUAGCCCCUUGCCCUCCAUACCAUCUGCUUCCUCCCUCACAUCUGCCUACCCGCUCGCUUCUCGCCACUUCAGCCGCAAUGCCAAGAAAAUGCAGAGCUGGUACAAUGUUCUCAGUCCGACAUACAAACAGCGGAACGAGGAUUUUCGCAAACUCUUUAAGAAACUUCCUGACACAGAGCGACUUAUAGUGGACUACUCGUGCGCUCUGCAGAAGGACAUUCUGCUUCAGGGCCGCCUUUAUCUCUCAGAGAAUUGGCUUUGUUUCUACAGUAACAUCUUCCGCUGGGAAACCACUAUCACUAUCCUGCUGAAAGACGUGACCUCUAUGACCAAGGAGAAGACCGCCAAGCUCAUACCGAACGCCAUCCAGAUCAGCACUGACAAUGAGAAGCACUUCUUCACAUCUUUCGGAGCAAGGGAUCGGAGCUUCAUGAUGAUUUUCCGUCUGUGGCAGAACGCACUGUUGGAUAAGUCUUUAUCCCCUAAAGAGCUCUGGCACAUCGUACACCAGUGUUACGGCACUGAGCUGGGCCUCACUAGUGAAGACGAUGACUAUGUCUCCCCCACCGCCGAACACAUGAACGGCCUACUGCCAGGAGACGAGUCGGUGUCGGUCACUGAUCUGCUAGACCUGAGCUCAGUGUCGGUUCCUUCCACGGGCAGCUCUCCUCCUCCACUGGUGCCCUGCGCUCCGGCCAGCUCUCCCUCAGCUACCAACCUCGGGGGCUCUUCUCCCCCUUCCUCCACCUCCUGUCUGCCCAUAGAGGUGCCUUCCUCAUCUGGACGCAGACUCAGCUCUGAGCCUCUCGAACCCAGUCCGCCUAGCUCUCAAAGCUCUCUGCCAUCGACCACUCCAACAAACGUCUCUGCCUCUGCCUCCGCCUCCGCCUCUGCCUCCGCCCCGACCUCUGCUGCUGCGUCCUUUAAUCUGGAAGAGGGUGGGGACAGCCUGUCUGAGUCAGCCAAUCACAUGCUGCCCCCGCCAACCACCAGUCUAGGAAACCUCUCUUCAUUGGACAUCACCAACGAUGAAGAACUGCCCACAGACCCGAGCAACUCCUCUGACACGCAAGAAGAGAGUGAGGUGGAGUCGUUCUGCUCUGACCUGAGCGGGCGGCUGCACAUCAACACUGCAGUCCGCAUGAGUGUGGACAAGCUGCAUGACCUGCUCUUCUCUGCUGACACACACUUCAUCCAGCACCUCUUCUCCCAGAGGCACUUCACUGAACUCUCGGUGGGUGAAUGGCAGCAGGACAGCAGCAGUGGAAACACCAGCCGCGUGCUAAGCUACACCAUCGCCCUCAACAACCCCCUCGGUCCCAAGACCGCCCCUGUGGUGGAGACACAGACGUUGCAUAAGAGCAGCACCCGGGGCGAAUGCUUCGUGGUGGACUCGGAGGUCAUCACCUCAGGCAUCCCCUACCAGGACUACUUCUACACUGUCCACAGAUACUGCCUCACCUCCAUCAACAAGCACAAGAGCCGACUCAGAGUUUCCUCAGACAUCUGCUACAGGAAGCAGCCCUGGAGCCUGGUGAAAGCAUUGAUUGAAAAGAACACCUGGAGUGGCAUCGAGGAGUACUACAGACACAUGGAGAGCGAGGUGUGCAAGCUGGAGACGCUCCUGCAGUCUGAGGUUUCCGUGGUAACUACAGGCGAAGCAGUGGGCGCGGACGCUGCCAAAACUCCACCGGCCCUGCGCCGCCGCAAACGGACCUGCUCUCGACGGCAGGGCGAGAAGGAUAGAGAGAGGGAAGGAGGGGGCAUGGGCACCGGAGAGCGAGGGGACAGGGGAGUCGGAGAGGAGAGGGACAGGAGGGAAACCAGUGCUCAGUAUAUAAAGCUGGGUGAUCGUUCGCGUGGAGGACAGAGCAGUAUAUCUACCAUCCUCCUCAUCGUCAGCUUUAUGAUCUGUAUCAGUCUGGUGGUGCUGGUGGCUCUCAACAUGCUGCUGUUCUACAAGCUGUACGCUCUGGAAAGAGCAGCUCAUACACUGGAGACGUGGCACUCCUAUUCUGUUGCUGACAGUCCGUUGCCUCAGACAGCUGGAGAGUGGGCUCAGGUUUUACAGCUGCAGAGACAGUUUCACCAGGCUCAGCUCAGCAAGUGGCAGCAGAUCCUGCAGUCCUCUGUCACACUCCUUGACCAGAUGAAGCAGUCUUUAGAGAAGCUUCACCGGGGCAUCGUGGUCCCAGAGGUGCAGCAGGAUCCUUCUGAUGACACGACGGCAGAGACUGUGACUGACCCCUGAGCCCCACCUCUUCCGGUCUCCCCUAAAUGUCUCAAAUCUCUGAACACAGCCUGGUAGAAAAGAGAGGACUGGUGAACUAAGAUCAGGACGGAGUUUGAUCCUUCCGUCAUUCAAAAAAUGUACAAACCAGGAAUGGGACAUGCAGGGGGCCGCAUUACCCACAAUUCUCCUUGCCUGCCUGACUGACUUGAAAUGGCGACGUUCGCCUUCAGCCUCAACCGGUAAAAACUUGACUGUACUCGUUCAGACUGGAAGCUAUCAGGACCACAGCAAUAAUUAACCUACAGCUGCAAGUCAUCUGUAUGUAGUUAAUGGAAACAGGCCACUGGUGGGCCGACUUAGACCUCCACUCCUCAAGAAUCAUAGAGCGAUUUCAAAAUAGCUGACAGAGUAACUACCUUCAUUUUCAGAAAUGCCCAUUUUAUGGCUAUCCCAGGCUCCUGCUCCUGUUCUGACAUCUUUCAUCUGUGCAAUGGGAAGGGAUCAGUGAUCCUGGAAAGUGGGAGUUCUUCCUCCCAGUCCUGGGAACAGUUGGAUACCUUUGCCUCUUACAGCACGCCUACUGAAACAAAAAACAAAAUGAACAUAUGGGGCGCUAACUGUAGUGCGGAUGUGACGAACAAACACUCUGGAGGAGAGGGGAGAGUGCUGACAGGAGCAGGCAACUCUCGCCCUUUCUGUCAAGGGUUCGUUCUUCUGUCUGGUCUGAUUCAAGCCCCCAAAAGACUCUCUCUGAAAGAGGCCGAAGAAUAUUUCACCAGACACUCUUCAUUUUGGAUGUACAUUUUACAUCAGAAGUUUGAACCCAAACACCCUCCUACACCCCCCCCAGUACCGUCUGGGUUUUAUCUUCUUUCAAAACCAGUGUGUUGAUUCUUCUGUUAUAGAAACAAGCUGCGUCUGACUGUUUCACAGACUGUUACAGUAUUUAUUAUCACCAUUGACUUUUGAAGUCCUGUCCUGCUCUGAAGAAGUCACUCGGUGGGUAUUUUGUGCUCUGAUUUGCUGUUGUGUUGCGGACCAAGAGGAGCUACACGAGAAGGAUUACUAUCACAGCAAUAAUGGCAAUAGUGAUUCUAGUAAUUUUUGAAUGUUUCAAACAAAGUAGUAUAUGAUAAUAAUAAUAAUAAUAAUAAUGAUGAUGAAUUGUGUGUGAAUGUGCAUAGAGGCAGUGAAAAAAAACAAGCAAAGCAGGUGUUGACUUGUCAGAUGUGUGUGUGUGUGCACGAGGAGUCGUCACCGUUACAUUUUCAGAUGUUCUGUUUUCAUAUUAGCGUUUGUUUUUUGCGGAUUUCUAAACGUUUCAGGAUGUUAUGUAGACUUGAUCAGGUAGAUAUCAAAAUAUCAGAACAGCUACUGGGUUGUCCAACUGGGCCAAAAUUAGAGGACCAACCAGAAUUUAGCAGGCCCAGAUUAAGAAGAAGGGAAUCCUUUUUGCAGUAUUUUUUUUUGUCUGUUUGUGUUUGUAAAAUUGAUUUGUUUUCUUUUUAUUCAGUUCCUUUUUUCAUUUCUUUAUUAUUUUGUUUUCCUUAUUUGUUGUUGAUUUUCAGUCAGUCCUCUCUGUCUACUUGAUUCUGACCUUUGGAAACAUCUCAUCCAUCUGCACUUGCUCUUAGCUUUCUUCUUCUUUUUCUUGCCAUUACUCAGCACCACUCUUCCUCUCUCUCCUCCGCGUGCUCUUCCCUUUCACCCGCUCUCUCACUCUCUCUCUGUUUUGAUGAAAAUAGCGGUUACAGAAGCUCGUGGGCCAUGCUGUGCGUGGUCAUUUGCAGAAAACAAAGGAGGUGUGAUAUUUAUUCAGGGAGGGAGGGAGGGAGGGUGGUCA